UCACACACAUCCAUGCCCGAGGCAAGAUUCGAACCUGCGACCAUAGCGGUCACGCAGUUCCAGACUGAAGCGCCUAGAACCGCUCGGCCACCAACGGCCGGCCCACACAUGUGCAGUUGCGCGUAUUUCAGUGUGGCAGUUGCCGUUAGAGUGUUAGUUGAAUUCGAGACAUGGUGAUCACAGUUUGUACACAGUUCGUAUGUGCAUGUUCGCAAGGCAUCACUGUGACAUUCCAUGAAGUUUUUACAAACUAACAUGUAAAACUACUAUAUAUGUUAAAGCAAAAUACAUUUCAUUAUUGAUUAUUGUGUGUCAUGGAAAGUAUUGCAUUAGCUGUCCUUGUGCGACGUGUCGUCCUUUGCAGUUCAUGUUCAUAAUGCUUACAAUAAUAACGCAAAGGUAAGCUUUGUUUUGGUAGUUUGCACAACGUAAAUGUUAUUGCAUGUCGACAUCACUAUUCACAGAUUUGCCAAUCGAUAUAUGGGCAUGUUCACUUCUUGCACUGUUUAUUUUCACUGAUAAAGGUCGAUUCACAAUUAACGGAACGUCUCCGUCACGUCCGUCACGUCAAAACAUUCUUCCCUGUGUUUCUAAUGGCUAUGUUCACACUCGACGUCUGCGUCCCGGAACGUCUCCGUCACGUCAACGUCACGCAUUCUUUCGGAGAAUGUUUCCCGUUAUGAUGGUGAGUUGACGUGAUGUAAAUCUCUGGUUUUCGAAGGACUGCCUCCAUGUUUUUGCUCGGCCCCUGUUUAUAUAUUUUGGAAAGCGGGAGGUUAGGUAGAAGUGGUUCGAAAACUUUGCUUGUACCUAACAUGUAAGAAUCAAUUUUUUAUAGUUCCGAGUUUCUCUUUGUUAUUUAUUCUAAUUACAAGUAAGUUCCGGUGUUUUCUAUUGUAUUUAUUAUUUUGUUUAGAUAAUGGAGUUCGAAGAGUAUUUGAUUGAAUUGGUUCGUUCUCAUUGAGAGCUAUAUAAUAUGACUGAUAGGAGAUAUAGUGAUUCCGUUUGGAAAGAAACACUGUGGAAGGAAAUUGGAGAAGAGAUGGGGCGUCCAGGCCCUGAAUGCAAGCGACGAUAGGUGUCACUGAGAGACCAAUUUGGAAAAUGUGUUAUUAAAAAAACAAAUAGUGGACAAGCUGCCAUACCCAAGAAGCCAUUGAAGUAUGAGGAGAUUAUGGCUUUCCUGCGCCUGGAGCGGGAAACAGUUUCUAUCAUAACUGUUGAUAUUUGUUCAGAGGAUGAAUCAAACAGUGAGGUGUCAUCACCUAUUCCGGACACUGAAAAUAACAGUGAUUUGAGGUCAGAGACAAGCAGGCCUGUCAUGCAAAAGCGUAGUCAAAGUGGCAAUAAGAGGAGAAAUACAGACUCUGCAUCUACUUCUCUGAUGAAUUAUAUUCUAGCGACACAGCCAAAGGAAGAUCACAUUGACAGUUUUCUUUCAGGGAUAUGUGCCAGUAUAAAAAGACUGUCCCCAUUGCGGCAAAUACAAGCUAAAGACGAAAUUUACAGAAUAGUGUCUGAUCUAGAAAGGGAUCAAGUGUGUGAAAAUAUUAAUAGUGAUACAUCGUGAACAGUGCUGUUUGUUACACAGUUUGG